UUGUUUGACUCUUCAAGUCUAUUCCAAGCUCCGGACGUGGUAGUUGCUCCUCAUUACCGCUAUCAUAAGAGGAAAAGGAUCAGUGAUGGAUUAAUUGACAUGUUUUCAUCACUGAUGGUUGCUGUUGGGUUGUUGUUACAUGCAUGCAAACUUACAGUCAUAUAUUGAAGAAGUUCCAGCAUAGUCCAUCACAACUAGUAAAUCAAGAUGAAGUGAUUCUUGCUGCGCUUGAGCCUCCUCCCUAUGGAAAUAAUCGUAUUUGGAUUUUAGAAAUGAAUAUUUCAUUGUUGACUUCCUUCUGCGUGUUUUCGAAUUCUCUUUCAAUAGUUUCUCUUAUUCUUCAAUCCUUCUUUUGAUCUCCAAUUUCUCUCUCAAGAUUUUCUCUUAGUAAUUCAAUCCUUUUUCUGAUCUCCCAAAUUUCGAUAUUGGCACAUAUCACUAUUCGCCGGUGAAACAUUUCCGUCCAGCCUUUGCCGAUCAAAACCCACUGUUAGCUACUGAUUUUCUCCCUUACUGGCGUGUGUUCGUUGUGCUCUUUGUCUGUCUUUAUCGCUUCAUCACUGCCACUUUCACCUCUGUUACUGUCGUCGCUUUUCCGUUGUUCAGCCGCCGUCAUCGACCUUCGCCGUUCAUUCCUUGUCACUGAAACCUAAAUAUUACUGAUAACGAACGAACACAGACAAUAACUUCGACGAUGAGCCGACGCGACAUCCACUCGGUGUUCUACGCUGAGUUGUACCAUCCGAUUCAAGCCGGGAGCAUUGACGGCACUGAUAUUCUCCCUCACGACAACGCUGUUUACCGUGCACUUCUCUGCUCCUCUGCCGGUCUCUAUGAUCCCCUGGGUGAUCCCAAGCUCAUUGGUGACCCUUAUUGUACUGUUUUCGUUGGCCGUCUCUCGCACCUUACGACGGAAGACACUGUUUACAAGGUAAUGAGCAAAUAUGGGCGGAUUAAGAACUUGCGUUUGGUGAGGGAUAUUGUAACUGGUGCCUCUCGUGGUUAUGCUUUUGUUGAAUAUGAAACUGAAAGAGAGAUGUGUCGUGCAUAUGAGGAUGCUCACCAUACCACUAUUGAUGAUUUUGUAAUUAUUGUUGAUUAUAGUAGACAGCAGUUGAUGCCUGGCUGGAUUCCCAGGAGGUUAGGGGGUGGCCUUGGGGGUAAGAAAGAAUCAGGACAACUUCGUUUUGGAGGAAGAGAAAGAUCAUUUCGUGCUCCCCUGCGACCCAUUCCGUAUGAUGAUUUGAAGAGACUUGGCAUUCCGCCUCCACCAGAAGGAAGAUAUAUGCAUCGCCUUAAGGUUCCAUCACCACCCAGAAGAAAGAAGAGCCCUGUAGACAGGGAAGAAAGCUCUCACAAGAGGAGCUAUAAGCACAGUGAAGAACGAGGUCAUAUUGGUAGCUCUAGGGAGAGGGAAGAACGGCAUCAUCAUAAAAGCUCAAUUGAAAGGAAUGAAUGGACUCGCAAAAGAAGCUCAGUGGAUAGAGAAGAAAGUUAUUACAAAUCUAGUACUGCUGAGAGGGAAGAUGGUACUCGAAGAAGGUCAGUAGAUAAGGAAGAACACUAUCAUAGAUGGAGCUAUGCCGACAAGGAAGAUAGAAGUCAUGAAAAGAGCUCUAGGGAUGGGGAAAAACGCCCACGCCAUCAUCAUAGUAAACGGGGUUAUAAUCACCAAUAGUCAGGAUCACUCCACUGAUAGAUGAAUUCAUUGCAUCUUUGUAUUUGGUUGCUCUUUUUCUGCUGGUUGAAGCUUUAUAUAAGCAUUUGGAUCGUUUUCAAUCAUUAGCAGGUAUGUUUUCAGUUGGUAGUUACGGAUGGGAUUCUUGUUUUGCGGGUAAUCACAAACAAAGAUUCCUGGCCUCUAAUUACGACAUGCCACCUUACUGAAAACUUGCUCAUGAAGAGCAAGUGUAACAUAGUCGUUGAAGUAAAGGGUUGACCUUGGGCAGUAUGGUUUAUAGUUAUUUUUAUAAAUUAUUUAUUUGUACA